AUGUUUCUGGGUCUGAUUCAUGACAAGAUCGGGAUAUGGCUUUGUUCUUCAAGAGUGCCAGUUAUGGAUGAUUCUCAUGAUCUAAGACUUGCCAAGGAGCCGAACCCUAAUUACCUCGAUCCGGUUCCGUGUAUCGACAAGAAUCGCUCUGCUAUUGGUCGGCUAGCAUUGAAGCAAGGAAUGAUGUCGGGCACUACCUUCCAGCCAGCAUCGAGUUCUCCGAGGAGCUAUUUUGCUUCGCUGAAAUACCGAGAGUUGGGUGUUUUGAGUCAGGAUGUAAAAGCCUACUAUCUGGCGAAGAGUAUGGGAAGUAAAGAAGAGGACGAGGAUUAUGCAGCGAGAGAGAGCGCGUAUAUGAACACGAAGUUCAGAUCGUUGCUAAGGCAUUGCAUCCGCUGGUCCAAAUCGAGACGGUGUCCCCGCCAGGACGCGUUUAAGAAAAAGAAAGAAGGAGAGCCAGCGUUGCUAGAAGUUGCAGCACGUACAGGCAUUGACUUGGGGUGUCAUGACACUCUUUCCGGAGAAGAGUUUCGCCACACCUUCCGACACAGAUGA